GCAUCUGCACGGCAAGGGUGACUUCCUUUGCUGGCGUUGUUCAUCAUAUUUCACCGUGCCUCACCGCCAAGUGCAGCUCUUACUGAGCACUGGAAUAAUUGGGGUUUUCUUCUCCUCCGACACAUAUACAAACCGGGAUGCUGAGGUGUCUUUAAUGCAGAAAACGUUUUUUUCCGUGAAAUCUCUAUAAAUACGAAAGAAGCAAGAGGAUAAUACGAAAGGUAAAUAGGCUCAAUGAACGGAGCAGCAUUCCCUUCUCCCACUGCAGAAAUGGCAGAAAUUAACCGCAUCCAGUAUGAAAUUGAAUACACGGAGGGCAUCAGCCAGCGUAUGAGGAUCCCAGAGAAACUGAAAGUGGCCCCUUCGAAUUCCGAGGAGCAAGAGGAAGGAUUGAGGGAGACCCACCACAGUGCCAUGAUGCACGUGCCUGAGAGAAUCGUGGUAGCAGGUGAUGGCGACGAUCUGCAAUAUUCCCGUCCAAGAGACCUCGAUCUCAUUCAGUCGACUCCAUUAGAAUCACUGGCGCUUAAAACACCACCUCGAGUCCUGACCCUAAAUGAAAGACCACUGGAUUUCCUGGAGCUGGAUCGAUCAGUAGGUUCAGCACAUCACAAUGAGGAGGUGCGAUCUCAGGGCCGAUCACGCAGGGAGCGCUCAAUGAGUGAAAACGCUGUCCGGCAGAAUGGACAGCUCGUGAGAAAUGACUCCAUUGUGACUCCAUCCCCCUCAGCUCAGGCCCGUGUCUGUCCUCCUCUUACCUCGCCGGAAGAUGGACGAAACCUAUACACCGCUCGCGGCGUUUUGUCUCUAAUCCAGUCCACGACCCGCAGGGCUUACCAGCAGGUCAUGGACGUGCUGGAUGAAAACCACAGAAGCAGACCAGUGUUGCGUGGAGGGUCUGCUUCUGCAUCUUCCUCUAACCCUCUCCACGACUCCAGGUUCGGUUUGUCAACUUUGGAUUCGACAUUGGAAGGGACUCCUGACGACAUGACUGUUGUGGACGCUGCAUCCUUGAGAAGACAGAUCAUAAAACUGAACCGGCGCCUUCAGCUUCUUGAAGAAGAAAAUAAAGAGCGUACCAAAAGAGAAAUGAUCAUGUACUCCAUCACUGUGGCUUUCUGGCUGGUCAACAGCUGGAUCUGGUUCAGACGCUAAGGGCACCACUGAUCAGGCAGCUUCUGCAAGGAAUCUAUUUUCUUAUUGUAAAGUGUUAAAGAUGGAUUGGCAAAUCUACUCUCAGCACCUAGUCCCAGCACUGGAAAGACAUCUCCUAGUAAGAAAAAAAGAACUGUAAGGCAAAGGGAUGUUUGUUUUGUUUUAAAAUGGCUAUACCUGUAUUAUGUUUUUUUUUAUUUUUAAUGUUUCUUGUUUUAAGAGAUGUCCAGUGUGCAUUUACAAAAUAAGCAUGUUUCAGAUGUAAAUAUUCAGGAAUUUUCUUUGCAUAAGCUUUUAGUGGUAAAUGUUUUUUCCACAAUAUCUGCUUGUCCAAGAGGGACAGAGGUGGGAUAGAAAUCAAAGUAGCAAUCAUUAUAUUCACACAGGCAAAGGAAACUGAUGUGUAAAAAACAGCGGAGGAACUUGAAUGUCUGAAGUAUGCCAUAUAUAAAUUUGUGACCGUAAUACUCUUAUUGUGUAGAACGUUCAGCUGACUGCAGAUCCAUUGUUUGUCUCUCUGCACCUGUUUCAUUAUUACACUUUAAACAAUGUUUGAUUGCUUUCACAUGUUGAAAAUAAAAGCACUGUAUUGCAUAUUAGUUGACUGAAAUCAAAUGUUCCUGUACAGCAUAUUGAAAACACUAGCGUGAUUUUUUCCUCAGCAGCAAUUAGGAAGUGCCCAUGCCUUUAGAUGUUUAUUGUAUUUGUAUUCACCUUAAUUCAUACUCUUGUUUUCUGGCGGGUUUGCUCAAUUGCAACUCUAUGUAUUAUGAGACAACAGUAAUGAAGUAAACAUUUUAUGUAAAUAAAUGGUGGCAAUAGCUCAUGCA